AUGGCUGAGGCUACCGAGCCAGAGGGUGGCGCUUCGGGUCCCCAGGGGCCGCCCGAGGACCCAGCGCUUCUGGCCGAGCGACCGGGCGAAGCCGGGGCCAUAGGACAGGAGGCGAGCGAGGGCGCCGCGGAGGCGCCCGGGGGAGAGGGGGCGGGCGCAGCGGCGACAGCGGCCGACCAGGAGGAAGAAGGCGGCGGGCCGGACCCAGGGUGCACGGGGGAGCUGUCGCCGGGAGCCGGCAGUGGCCCCGGGACCGAGACGCGCGGCCCAGGGGGAGCGCAGACCGAGGCGGAGGAGGGCGAACCGCGGGGCGCAGAAGCUCCCCAGGGAGGGGAGGCGGCGGGCGGCGCCGGGCAGGUGGAGGAGGCGAGCCCCGAGCGCGGCGUGCAGGGCGAGGCUGCAGGGGAGGCUCAGGGGCCGUCCGGGGAGUCUGGGGAGUCCGGGGACCCCGGGAUCCCAGCGGCGCAGGAGGAGACGGAGCACGGGCUGGAGGCUCCGGAGGUCACCACAGACGCCCAGGGACUUUCGGGGGACAGCAUGGACGCCCAGGGGCUGGCGGGAGGGGCGCUAGAGGCAGACGGUGAGCUCCAGGACCAGGACCGGGAGCAACACAGUCCCCAGUCCCAGUCCGAGACCACUGAGGUCGCUGUCGCGGAAACCGGGGGGCCCAGCCCGGAAGAGUUUGCAGGAGCCAUGGGGGAGGUGGGGUCCGAAGAAGCGGUGCCUGGGGACGCGAAGGCAGAUGCUGGCGAGGAUGGGGACUCGGGUGGGGGCCAGAAGGAGAUGGAGGCGGAAGACGAGAGGCGAGAUCCGACCCCGAGCGAGGACGCCUCGGCAGUUGGGGGAGAGGAGGAGCCCCCGGACGGCACCCAGGAUCGGGAGGUGGCGGAGGAGACGGGGCCCGAGGGGCUCGAGGCCAAGCUCAGCAACCACCUGGAGGAGGAGGGCAGCGCGCAGGGCAGCGACGAGUCGGCGCUCGUGAACGGCCGCCCCGAGAACGACGAGGUGUCGGAGGAGGGGGACCCGGGGCAGGAGCACGACAUCACCCUCUUCGUCAAGGCCGGGUACGAUGGUGAGAGCAUUGGAAAUUGCCCAUUUUCUCAGCGUCUCUUUAUGAUUCUCUGGCUAAAGGGCGUUAUAUUCAAUGUGACGACGGUGGACCUGAAAAGGAAACCCGCGGACCUACAGAACCUGGCUCCCGGAACGAACCCACCUUUUAUGACUUUUGAUGGUGAAGUCAAGACGGAUGUGAAUAAGAUCGAGGAGUUCUUGGAGGAGAAGCUGGCUCCCCCGAGGUACCCUAAGCUGGGGCCCCAACACCCUGAAUCCAACUCAGCAGGAAAUGACGUGUUUGCCAAAUUCUCAGCAUUUAUUAAAAAUACCAAGAAGGAUGCCAACGAGAUGUAUGAGAAGAACCUGUUGCGGGCCCUGAAGAAGCUGGACAAUUACUUGACUAGUCCCCUGCCGGAUGAAAUCAAUGCCUACUGCACGGAGGAGGUGGCUGUUUCUGGGAGGAAGUUCCUGGACGGGGAUGAGCUCACGCUGGCCGACUGCAACCUCUUACCCAAGCUCCAUAUCAUAAAGAUUGUGGCCAAGAAAUACAGAGAUUUUGAGUUUCCUUCUGAAAUGACCGGCAUCUGGAGAUACUUGGACAAUGCUUACGCUAGGGAUGAGUUCACCAAUACGUGUCCCGCCGACCAGGAGAUCGAACAUGCGUAUUCAGAUGUUGCAAAAAGAAUGAAGUGA